CCUCUCUGACAGCUCGCACUUUAGCCUGUAAUCUCCGUCGACGACGUACUCGGAGGAUCACAACGGGUGGUAGUCGAGUAGGUUCGCGACAAAGUCAAAUUAGAUAAGCUCUGGUUGCACAGUGCGUCGGCGGGUAAACAAGGACAUGCAUCGUCACUGUUAGCAGCAGUAACCCACCAUGGCUCCAUCAGCGGUAUCGGUACCGUCAAUUGUUUUUUAAGAGAAUUCAAUAGCCAUGGCUCCAUCAGCGGUAUCGUUACCGUCAGCAGCAGCCGUAGAGCAGCACCACGAGAGCUUUCGCCGCUGCGUGGAUGACUGGGACGCUCAAGUGUCGGUGUUGACACACCAGUUGGAAUCUCGGAGCCAGUCAGCAUGUGAUCUGGACAGCUGUCAUGACGUGAUUGGCGUUUCUGCAGAGCCAUGGGGUGGAAGGAAUCCUGCUGCAGUAUCCACAGCAGCUGCUGUAGUGGCAUCGGCAGCAGCAGCCCCAGCAGCAGCAGCAGCAGCAGCAGCAGCGGCCGCAGCAGCACUACCACAGGCAGCAGAGGGGUCGACAGGAGUAUCACCAGACUUGCUGAAUUCACUCAUUCAGCACAUCUCGUCCAAAUGCUGUGGCAUACACGAUGCAGAACAGGAGGUCUUGCAUCGGUUGCUGCCUCGCCUGCUGCUCUUUGGACAAUCUCCCGUCGCCUCCCCCUCCUCCAGUGACACCUCCUCUGCGUCUGCUCCCUCCUCCUCCCACACACGAACCUCGAUUGACAAAAGAAGCAAGGCAGACAUGCAAGAGGAUGGGGAGGAGGCGGGUGAUACUGAGAGCUAUAGGGAGGAUAGGGAAGGGCGGAAGGGAGGGAGUGGCAAUGGUGGAAGGGAGGAGAUUCAAGAAGAGAGUGGGGAGGAGGAGGAAGCAAGAGAGAGGAGGGAAGGGUUAGAGAGAGGCGAGGGUAAUAGGGGAGGACUAGCCAUUGCAAGAUUCGAGGGUGAUACAAGUGGGAGUGACAGAACCGAGGGUGAUAAAGGGGAGGGGAAUAGCGGCGAGGAGGGAAGGGAGGGAGGCGAGGAGACGCCAGGAGAGGAGGAUGGAGGGGCGGAUUGGGAGGGCAGGACUGCAGGGGAAGAGGGAAGAGAAAGAUUGGGAGAAGGCAGAACGGGAGGCGUGGAAGGGGAGGAGCAGCAGCAGUUGGCACGUGUGUUGGUUGAGUUACAGGCGCUGGUGCUGGUAGGGAAGGACCUGACUGCUGCUAUGGAGGAGCUUCUUGUCUUGGUGGUUGCGCUGGUUGGGGGAGAGGAGGGGAGGGGGGGUGGAUGGGCAGGAGGGUUGGCAGAGGGAGGGGAGGAGGCGGGACUCCAGGAGCUGCUUCGUUCCGAUUGGUUCAAAUCAACAGAGAACUUCACACCCGCAAUAGACGCGCUAGCAACAGGGGCUGCGGUGCUGUUGGUGAUCGACUCUGCUCUUGCUGCCAACCCUGCUGUUGCCCGGGGGAUUGCGGCUUACAACAGAAUGCUUCAGGCCGUGCAUUGCAACAUGGAGGCAUACUCCGAGGCGCAGAGCAGUGGAAAGCGGUGGCAGAAGAAGGGAGGGAGAGGCAGCAGGGGGCAGAGGGGAGGGCAGGAGGGCUUUGAGAUUGCUCUGGCGGAGCUCCAGGGGCUGCUGAUGAUGCUUGAAGCAGCAAUCGGGUCCCAAGGCCAACAGGGUACCUUCUUUCAGUCUUGGAAGGAGAGUGUGGCACGUGCUGUGGGCCCGACGCCACCUCCUUCUACAGCCAAGAAAGGGCAAGGAGGCAAGGGAAGGAGAGCAGGGGAGCGGCCAGCGCUGAGUGGGCGAGCGCUGUGGCGGCAGCAGCAGAAGUGGCUGCUGCCUCUGGUGGCUCAUUUGAACUCCUCUGCUGAUGCCGCACUCCAUGCCAUGGCCAGCCACACCGAGCAGCACAACACGCGUCGUCUACUCGCUGGCUGUGUGGCUCUCUUUCUAUCUCUCGCACCCAUAACAGCAUCUGGCUAUGAGAAACCCCUCAUAAAAGCCACUCCAAGGCUCUUCGAGGCAGUGCGACUGCAUCCGCUGCUGCCUCUUGCCGGGCCCCUCCCCCUCUCCACCUCGCUCCCCCCUCUCCUCGCCAUCCACCUCCCCCCUGCCCUGCUGGCGGUUUCCCCUGCGCCCUUCUGUGUUAUGGGGGAGGGGAAGGAUGGCGGAAAGGGGGCAGGGGGAAGGGGGGAGGUGGAAGGGGGGAAGGGGAGGGCGGACAGGAGCAGGGGAGAGAGUGGGCGGGGAGUGAGGGAGGUGUGUGAGGAGGUAUUAAGAGCAGCACUAGAACGAGCCAAUGAGGAUUUGCCACGGCUGGCUUCUGCCUUCCCUCCCUUAGCCGCCUCUUUGUCCGCAGCUCUCAGGCUUCCCCUCAGCCUGUCACUGCAGUGCAGGACUCUGGAGGAAGCAGUGGGGAGUCAAGCGCACCUCGUGCAGCAGACGCUUGCUGUCACAUGCCAUGCCAGGCACCAGAUUCAGACUCUGCUUGACCUGCAUGCGAGCCUGCGGGUAUCUCUCAAGAGGCGUCAGAUUGUGCUGGUGGCUGCAGUGCUGCAAGCAAUUAAGCAAGUGGAGUCAUCAUUGGCAGCAUCCCUCCCUUCCCUCUCUCUCCACCUGCCUCUGUACCAGCAGCACCUGCUGCGUCAACUCUACGCAGCCUUGCUGCCCCUUCAGACGGAUCAGCUAGAGAAGCUACCCCGACCUUCUCUCUCCCAGUCACACCCAUCGGGGGAUGCCGGAGCAGGGAACGAGGGGGAGGGAGGAGGGGGUGGGAUAGGGGAGGGGAUAGACCAAUCUGCGACAUCGGUUGCUGCAUUGCUUGCAACGGCGCCCCCACCUGCUGCUUCUCUGUUCCCUUGGAGCAAUAGGGCUGCCAUGGAUAUCCACAAGCGACUCAUCUACUCCAUUGCCUCUCUGGCAAGUCUUCUUCAGCUGACGUGGCAUCAGCUCCCUUCCAACCAACUGCUGUCGUUCGUCUCUACCGCCUGUGCCCUCCUUCCUCCCCUUGUUGGUCCCAUCCCCUCCUCUCAGCCUCUUCUUUCCCAAAUUCGCUUUUCCGUUCUCCUCCCCGCCCUCUUCUCCUCCUCCUCGGCCUCCUGCUUCUUCCUCUCCUCGCGUUCUCAUCUCCUCGCCCCUGCUCUUGCCGCCCUCUACUCUCUGCCACUCGUCCAACCCCACUCGCUGCAGUAUUUGAUGGAUGCUUUCUUGGACGGGCCUCGGCUGCUGCUGCAGGCUCACACAACAAAGGGAAAGCAGUGGGAGAGAACGAAAGACCAUAUGGGGCGAAGGAGUGGCAGCAACGGGAGUGGCGUUUGGGGUGAUGUGUGUCGCAUGGAAAGCCAACUGGAGGCUGCAGUUGCUGAGUCAUUCCUCCGCCCUCUCACUCGAGAUGUCACUGCAGAUCUCCGUCUACACGCCAUCUCUCACACGGAUCUAAACUCUGCUAAUCCGCCCUUCAAUCCUCGCAAGACAGGGGUGCGCAACCUGCUGCAGUUCCUGCAGCUGCCCCCCGUCCGCCUGCUCUCAAAGCAGAUUGACAUACAAGCACAUGUGGCACAGGCCCUGGCAGCCUCCCUCUAUAAUCACACAGCAGCUGCUCCAUACCACUGGAAGCCCUGAAUCAGCCGGAUUCUUUCUCACCUGAUUUU